AAGAGACACGCAGCGGUGCCGUUUCCAGGACGACAAGGAACGACAAAACUCCGGUUCGUCUGGUCGGUAAACGCCUCGGCGACGUGGUCCCGAGUGUUGGCGGGGAAGAACAUGAAGGCCGUUUCUCUAAAACAACUUAUAUUAUUCUCACUUUACUUCCGGAAGUGAAAUGGCGCCACCUGCUUCUUCUUCGUCCUCCGUGUUGGCUUUCAUUUAACUGUUGACUCGCGACACAACAAGACACAUAAUGAACAAGACACACGGUUAAUAAUGAACACGACACACGGUUAAUAAUGAACAAGACACACAGUUAAUAAUGAACACGACACACGGUUAAUAGUGAACACGACACACGGUUAAUAAUGAACAAGACACACAGUUAAUAAUGAACACGACACACGGUUAAUAGUGAACACGACACACGGUUAAUAAUGAACAAGACACACGGUUAAUAAUGAACAAGACACACGGUUAGUAAUGGCGCGGGAAAAGACGCAUUAAUAAGGUUUAUAUCGCCACCACUUCCGGUUAGCGCUGACCACUUUGCGGUCACCGGUUGAGAAGCUUUGAAGCGGCAGCACAACAAAAAGGAGAGAACUUUUUUUAGGCGGGAGUGUGGAAGAUGAGCAAAAGUUUGAAAUGUGCGGGCGUGCCUGAAGUGGAGGAGCACAUCUCCGUGAAAUAUGACAUCAAGAAACGACUCGGCAAAGGGGCGUAUGGUAUCGUGUGGAAGGCGGUGGACAGGCAGACAGGUGAGAUUGUGGCUGUGAAGAAGAUCUUUGAUGCCUUCAGGAACAAGACUGAUGCUCAGCGGACCUUCAGAGAAGUCAUGUUCCUGCAGGAGUUUGGAGAUCAUCCAAACGUCAUCAAACUUCAGAACGUGGUGCGAGCGCAGAACGACAAAGACAUCUACCUGAUCUUUGAAUACAUGGACAGCGACCUGCACGCGGUGAUCAAGAAAGGAACGCUGCUGAAGGACAUCCACAAACGCUACGUCAUGUAUCAGCUGCUCAAGGCUGUCAAGUACCUGCACUCUGGCAACGUCAUCCACCGGGACCACAAGCCUUCCAACGUGCUGGUGGACUCGGACUGUGUGGUCAAGCUGUGUGACUUCGGUCUGGCCCGGUCCCUCAACCAGUUCCAAGAGGACAGCAGCAACCCGGCGCUGACGGAGUACGUGGCCACCAGGUGGUACCGAGCCCCUGAGAUCCUGCUGGGCUCCACCAGGUACACCAAAGGUGUGGACAUGUGGAGUCUGGGCUGCAUCCUGGGGGAGAUGCUGCUGGGGAAGGCCUUGUUCCCUGGGACUUCCACCAUCAACCAGAUCGAGAAGAUCAUGACGGCCAUACCUCACCCAUGUCCUGAUGAUGUUCUGUCCAUCAAGUCCGAGGUUGGCUCCUCCUUCAUUCGCAAGAUGUUGCUGAAACCACAAGUUCCUCUGGAGGACCUCCUGCAGGCCUCAGUGCCUCCAGAUGCUGUAGACCUGCUCAAGAGUCUGCUGGUCUUCAACCCUGACAAGAGACUGACAGCAGACACUGCCCUAACCCAUCCUUAUGUGGCGAGGUUCCACAAUCCAGCCAAAGAGCCGUCCUUCAGCCACGACGUGACGCUGCCCUUGGACGAUGACGUGCAACUAUCUGUGGAGCAGUACCGCAACAAACUCUACCAGGUGAUCAGCGAGAGGAGGAGCAAACAGAGCACGCUCACACUCCAGCUGGACCAAACUGCAGGGAAGACCGAAAAACACGUGACGGUGAACGCAUCACCGCCACCGUUGAGGGCCGAGAAACACGGGACAGUGAACGCAUCACCGCCACCGUUGAGGGCCGAAAGACACGGGACAGUGAACGCAUCACCGCCACCGUUGAGGGCCGAAAGACACGGGACAGUGAACGCAUCACCACCACCGUUGAGGGCCGAAAGACACGUGACAGUGAACGCAUCACCGCCACCAUUGAGGGCCGAAAGACACGUGACAGUGAACGCAUCACCGCCACUGUUGAGGGCCGAAAAACACGUGACAGUGAACGCAUCACCGCCACCGUUGAGGCCCAAAAAACACGUGACAGUGAACGCAUCACCGCCCUCUGAAAACUCUGGGAUGAACAAAUUCACAUACAACCCCAUCACGCACACGCAAAGUGGUUUCAUGCAGACUGCAGGCGCUAAGAGACCAGCAGGACUGAGCAGUGCCAGCACGUCACCAACAGGGGGCGUCGACACAAGCACGUCCAUGGAGCAGAUAAUCCAGCGCGGCCGCUCGGCGCCCGCCAACCACGGCCGCUCCUUCUCGCUGAUGCUCGCCCAGGCUCAGAACAACCCGCUGGUGCGCAAGAAGGACUCGCCUUUGUCCUCGGGACUGAGCGGGACCUGUGCCAACCCGGGUCGACCGGCACCCCGCUUCAGCAAGAAGGUCUUCCAGAACAAGUGCAACGUGUCGGGCGCCGGGGACCCGCGUGCUAAGCUGGGCAGCUACUGCCAGGCCUACGGGACCAUCAGCAAGACGGAACUGGACAACCUGCUUCAGGCCCGCACCUGCAACCAGUAGACCCUCCACGUCCAAAUGUCUUCAUCUUUUCUUUGCGGUCUUUCAGGACCAAACAGGACUUGAUCACCUUUCUGUGGUUCUGACCCAAAUCCUAGCAAGGACCCUUCUUUGGAGGAGGGAUCCGUACUGUUCAAGCAAUACCAAAAUGGGUAUUUCUGAAAUAAAAAUGUUAUGCAACAACUGCA